GGGCGGUAUUCAUAAAGCUUCUAAGAAUUUUCUUAGUUUUUUACUUAAGUUUCCUUAAAAAUUCUUAAGUUUAAGAAAAAUUCUUAGUUUCUUUAUUAACCCAAACUAAGAAAAAAUCUUAGCUAAAAAUGUUCUUACAACUUAGAAUCUUCUAAGAAGAAAUCAUAAAGCAUGAUGGGAUCGUACGUACCGGUAUUAGUGGUACACGAAUGACGUUUCGGAAAACCCCAAGUCUAAUUUUAGUAACGGAAACGAACUCUUCAGCCGAAAAGAUAGGAAAACCUUUUAAGGCAGACGACAGCAAAAUGGAACCACCGACAAAAAAGUCAAGAAAACCUAACUGGACGGAGGAGCAGAAUUUGCUUCUAACCCGCCUUGUGGAGCAAAACAAGAGUCUCUUACUAGGCAAAUUUGGCGCGGGUGUAACAGCACAAAAGAAAAAGGAAAAAUGGGCAGACAUAUGCGCUGAAAUCAAUUCCACCUUCCAAAAUGUAACUAGAUCUGUGGAAGAGGUGGAGAAGAAGUGGCACAAUAUUCAAUCCAAAGCCAAGUGUGACAUAUCAGCCUAUAAAAGGUCAACAAGCACCACAGGAGGUGGUCCAUCCUGCACCCCCCUGUCAACAGUGACGGAAGUGGUUAGGGACAUCCUGGGCGAUGACAAUAUGGUCAUUUCGGGGGUCCCGAACAGCACUGACUCCAGCAUGCUGCAAGUACUGGCGAUGUCACCCAGCUUUGAAGCCAACAGAUUAGACACUUUCAGUGAGGUUGAUCUGAGGAGGCUGGAUUUCUCCGGGGUGCAGGUCCCAGUCAUGCCGACAACAGUGAGCGAGCCCCUAGUCAGAGUGUGUCCACCAGUCUCAACUCCAACUGCUCCAUCCUCAAGCUGUCAUACUUGCCAGGCCUCUGCAAAGGAACAUGCAGAAUCAACGAUUGAAAAAUUAAAACUGGAAAUUGAAGUUCUCAAACUAAGGAAAGCAGUCUUAGUGAAAGAGCUGAAAAAAUACUGGGAGGAGUAA